CUUGUGAGUGGUGAAACUUCGAGGGUCGAGACUACUUCUUAAAAAUACAAAUAUUACAAAUAAAGAACCUAUUCAAUACAAUUUGUUUUUUCUGUUUCAAAUUGAAAAUUGUAGUUUUAUAAAUUUCAUCUAAUAUAACUACUAUUAUUUUUUGAUUAAUUAAUUACAUUAACAUGUCAUCGGCUAUUGUAGUUGAUUCUGUGAGGGAGAAAAUUCUACAGGAAAAUCGUAAAAAGCUUAUUGAACAUAAAGAGAUUUCUAGUCGUCUAAAAGGAAUGCGAGAACAAGCUAAAGAGUUAACAAAACAAUAUGAUAAAUCUGAAAAUGAUCUAAAAGCUCUCCAGAGUGUCGGUCAAAUUGUAGGUGAAGUAUUAAAACAAUUGACUGAAGACAAGUUUAUUGUAAAAGCAACAAAUGGCCCACGCUAUGUAGUUGGAUGUCGACGUCAACUCGAUAAAGCAAAAUUAAAAGCUGGUACUCGAGUAGCAUUAGAUAUGACUACAUUGACUGUAAUGCGUUAUUUGCCUCGUGAAGUAGAUCCAUUAGUGUAUAAAAUGUCCCAUGAAGAUCCUGGCGAAGUUACUUAUUCAGCUAUUGGUGGAUUAUCUGAACAGAUCCGUGAAUUGCGAGAAGUUAUUGAAUUACCAUUAUUAAAUCCAGAAUUAUUUCAACGUGUUGGAAUAACUCCUCCUAAGGGCUGUUUACUUUAUGGUCCUCCGGGUACUGGAAAAACAUUACUGGCUAGAGCUGUAGCUAGUCAACUAGAUGCCAAUUUCUUAAAAGUUGUGUCAAGUGCAAUUGUUGAUAAAUAUAUUGGUGAGAGUGCUCGUCUCAUUCGAGAGAUGUUCAACUAUGCUAGAGAUCAUCAACCUUGUAUCAUAUUUAUGGAUGAAAUAGAUGCUAUUGGUGGUCGUCGAUUUUCUGAAGGAACAUCUGCUGAUCGUGAAAUUCAAAGAACCCUUAUGGAACUUUUGAAUCAAAUGGAUGGUUUUGAUUCUUUAGGUCAAGUUAAAAUGAUUAUGGCUACCAAUCGACCAGAUACAUUAGAUCCUGCUUUAUUAAGACCUGGACGUUUAGAUCGUAAAAUUGAAAUUCCAUUACCUAAUGAACAAGCUCGUUUGGAUAUUUUGAAAAUUCAUGCAGCUCCUAUUACUAAACAAGGAGAGAUUGACUAUGAAGCUAUUGUAAAAUUAUCUGAUAAUUUUAAUGGUGCUGAUUUGCGUAAUGUGUGCACAGAAGCUGGUCUUUUUGCUAUACGUGCUGAAAAAGAUUAUGUAACUCAUGAAGAUUUCAUGAAAGCUGUAAGAAAAGUGUCAGAUAAUAAGAAUUUGGAAUCUAAAUUAGAUUAUAAGCCAAUAUAAAUAUUUGUAUUUUUAAGAAAAAAUAUUAUCAUUCAUCUGCUGAUAAGAGAUGUAUUUAAUGUUUUAACAAAAAAAAGAUGAUAAUUAUCAUCAAUAAAACAAUAGCAUCAUCUAUUAUUAUGAUUACUUAUAUACGUUUUAAACAUUACUUUUGUACUUUGUAAUAUUGUAAAAAGUAUCAGUAAUAUUUGCUAAAAACAGUUUAUAUUAUAUUUAAUAUGGUAAAUAUUUGAAAGUAAAAUAAAAAUAGUUUUUUAGUUAAAAUAAAUUUAAGCAUCAUCUACAAACGUUAAAAUAUCUUCUCUAAUUUAUGUAAAUUAUAUUAACCAUCCAUAUUAAUACAUAUUUAUUCUUAAAAACAAAACUUGAGUAUUUUAAUUAAAUUUGUCUUGUGCUUUUAAUAAAGAAUUAAAAACAUGU